AUGGAAGGAACCGUUCGGUCCGGCUCGGAUUUCGAUAUAGUCUCGUUCGUUAGAGGCGUGCGGGCGGAGUGGGAGAGCGGCAAUGUGGCGCGCCAGUGGCGGGAGAAUCUUUCGCGCCACGUGGACGGCCUUCAGCGCCGCCUCCCGCAAUUUCCGCUGCCGAUCGUUGCGCGCCAAGAGCGCGGGGACCCGGCUUCCGCGAAUGGCGCGGAGCGCCCGCCGGGACUCAAGGAUGUGGGGGUGCGCGCGACGGGGGGCGCGCGUUCAGGCGGAGCGCAAGGGGGAGGAGCGGAGGGAAACGACUCGCGGGGGGACGAGGACGGCGCGGAAACGUGGAGAAACAACGUGGGUGCGCCUACUGGCGCAGUCGCGCAGGCGGGGCAAGUGCGGAGCAGCAAGGCGGGGGGGCCGAGCGGGCGGAAGUGGGGGCGCGAGACGGUGAAGCAGCGCAUGGAGCGGUGGCGCCGCGAGCGGGAGCUGAUGAUGAUGCGCGCGGCGGAGGAGGGGAGGCGGAGGGAGGCGGAGGCGGAGGGGGAAGGGGAAGGGGAGGGGCCGCGGGAAGUGGCGGUGGAGGAGCUGUAUGUGGCGCGCAGCAGACACUACACACCCAACGUCCUCACCUUCGGACUCUUCCCUCCUCUCCCACACCAUCACCCCCACUGCCCCCCUCUUUCUCCCACACCACUGGACCCCAGUGUAUUUAUUCAAGCAGUGGACGGAGUACUGGUGUCCACAGGCGAGCUUCAACUUGGCCUGCCAUUUGUGACAGCGCAUAACCUUGCCACUGCGCUGUCCCCCCUCCCCCUCUAUCCCCCCACCAGCUACUCGUUCAAGCAGUGGAUGCACUAUUCAUUCAAGGAAUGGACGGAGUACUGGGCGCUGCUCUCCACAGGCGAGCUCUACCUCGGCCUGCCCCACGGGGACCCGCGCCACUUCGACUUCCACCACGACCGCCGCACCAACCCGCACCGCUUCGUACCGCUCUCGCACGCCCACGGCCCGGCGCACGAGUUUGAGUAUGGCGGGUGCCAGGUGGCGCUGGCGCCAGGUCAGCAGGAGGUGCGGGUGGGCGGCGGCGACGUGGUGUUUAAGAGGGUACAGCCGUGCGAGGCGGAGGAGGGGUGUAGGUUGGAGGGGAGGUUUGUUCACGCGGCGGCUCGAGACUUUGUCGAUGCAGCAGAGGCUUCAGGCGUGCAUGGUGGGACGACCGUGACUUUCCGGGGAGAUGGGACGUUCAGUGUGCAGGGCGCGACAGGGAUAUUGCCGUGUAAGGCAGGGGGGAUGGGCGUGGGGGAGGGCGCAGGGAUGGGGGUGGGGAGAGUGGGAGGGUUAGAGGGGAGGGAUGGGGAGGUGGAUGAUGAAGAAAGGGAGGGGAGGGGGGAGUAUGAGAUAAGGGGGAAUGGCAUAGAGUUGAGGUAUGAAGGGGGGCGAGUGGAGGAUGCUUUCUUCUUUGAGUACCCGGGGUCAGGUGGCAGUGAGGUGAACAUCAACGGUACGACAUAUCACAGAGUGGUGGAGCAGGGUGGGGAGGAGUGA